AUGGAUUUUAAAGUUUUUUUUAGUCAUUCUAUUGCGCAUGUGCAGAUCAGAGGUAUAAUACGUGUGGAGCAGAAAUUAAUUAUGGAGCUGGAGAAAGAAGUUCUGUACAAAGCGUGUGUGCUCACUUCUCAUGGUGAUGAUCUGACAGACGAAACCAGGAGACUGAAACUGAGCGAGCUAGGAGCAGAUGAGGUGCUCAUUAGAACCAAAGCAGCCGGUGUCUGUCACACUGAUGUGCAUUUCUGGCAUGGAAAUUAUCAGGUUGGAAAAACCAAAGAUCAAGUUGUUUCAUUCUCAGAGCGUGGAAUCAGUUUACCUAGAGUACCUGGUCAUGAGAUAGCUGGAGAGGUGUAUGCUGUGGGAACUCAAGCGAUGAAGGAAUCAAGACUUACCAUCGGUGAUCGUGUGUUGGUGUACCCGUGGGCAGGCUGUGGGAAGUGUGCUUUAUGUGAGGCUGGCAACCCUCAUAUGUGCUCCGUAUCUGGUCAAGAUCUAGGUUUAAUAAGAGAUGGUGGAUUUAGCGAAUUUGUUCGAGUGCCAAAUCAUCGCUAUGUGUUCAAGCUGCCUGAUGUUGUGUCCUAUGAGAUGGGAGCAUUGUUGCCGUGUGGAGCUCUUACUGCCUAUAGUGCUGUCAAGAAACUACGCCCAGUUGUCGAGGAGAUAGCUCAAGUCCAGAAGCUCGAGGUAACUGUUGGUGUGAUUGGUCUUGGUGGUGUAGGACAAUGGAGUCUUAAGCUCUUACAGUGUGUCUAUAAGGACAAACCGAUUCGAGUUAUUGGCAUCGACAUAUCGCAAGCUAAAAUUGAUCAUGUUCUGAAACAAGGUCUUGUUCAGAGUACAUUUUUGCUUGACGUAGAUAAAGAACAAACUGAUGAAUUUUUGGCAAAAUUCGACAAUCAACGUUUCCAUUGUGUCAUGGAUUUCGUCAAUACAACAGAAACAUUUCGUUUUGCUACAAGUCUACUAUCUAGCAGUGGUCUAUUGGUGUGUGUUGGUCUCCAUGGAGGUCUGGGUGAGAUACAACUGCCGUUCCUUGUGUUAGGCUGUAUUACAAUUACUGGAAUGUACACCGGCUCUUUGACUAGCAUGAAGGAGCUUUUGGAUAUUGUCACCAGCUGUUCUCUGGGACCCCCCACAAUCACACAUUACCCCCUGCACGAGGCAACCAAGGCCCUUCAAGAUCUGGAAAAGGGGAAAGUAAUGGGAAGAGGUAUACUGACCUUUUAAAAAAUAUUGUUAAUUAAUUUGACAAAUAUUAUUGAUUUUUGCCUUUGAUUGAACAUUAUUAAUAUUGA